CUGGCUUCGCUGUGUGCAUCAUUUAAAUAUUGCUAAUAGUGCGCAAUAAGAGACUGCUCUCGCUUUGGAAUAUUACGAGAGUAAAUCUGAGACACAUCACCACAUGCAGUCUAUCUUGGAAAUUGACUGGAGGACUUUUCUUUUUCCGGCUACACAUCGUGGAUGGACCCCACACCGUGGGCACGAAGACGUUACUGGUAUAGGCUGUAAAUAUCGCGCUUGAACGUUAUCCACCGUAUCAACAGCCACAAGAUGCUACAUCAGAUGAAUCCCGAUUUCCUCGACGCCAAGUCCGAAAGCUCAGGAAAGCCAUGCCUGGAGUCGUGCAUCGUGCUACCGAGAAUAUCACGGAAGGCAGAUGGCAACGAUUACAUUAUGAUCCCUCAUCGAAACGGAUGCCCUGCCUACGAGGAGGCGUACAAUAAAUCGCUGGAAUCCCCGGAAGAGUUUUGGAGUGAGAUCGGCCGGUAUCUCGACUGGAGCAAGCCUUGGCAUAAGGUGCUGGAUAAUUCUAAUGAGCCAUUCACAAAGUGGUUUGUCGGUGGAGAAUUGAACGCUUGUUACAAUGCAGUAGAUCGCCACGUAUACGCCGGCUACGGAAAGAAGACAGCUCUCAUACAUGAUAGCCCGCAAACAUCGUCAAUUCGCAAAGUAACGUACAACGAGCUCUUCGAGAAGACGUCCUUGUUGGCGGGCGCGUUAGCGGAAUUGGGAGUGCGCAAGGGGGACAGGGUGAUCAUAUAUAUGCCGCUGAUCCCCGAGACGAUAAUCGCGAUUUUAGCCACUGUUAGAUUAGGGGCAAUCCACUCGGUGGUUUUUGGAGGUUUCGCAGCGAAGGAAUUGGCGUCUAGGAUAGACCAUGCCGAGCCAAAGGUUAUUAUCGCCGCAAGUUGCGGUUUGGAACCGUCUAAAGUGAUUAAAUACACUUCUAUGCUGAACGGUGCCUUGGAUAUGAUCACUGCAACGAAGCCAAAGUGUAUUAUAUUUCAAAGAAGAAAUGUUUGGGAAUCACCGUUGUUGGAGUCGCAAUUCGAUUGGGACGAACUCAUGAAAAGGUCAAAACCUCAUCCAUGCGUAAUGGUCGAGGCUAACGAUCCAUUGUAUAUACUAUAUACAUCGGGAACCACAGGAAACCCAAAGGGGAUCAUCAGGCCGAUCGGCGGACACUUGGCGACGCUUUGCUGGACCAUGAAUACAGUUUACGGAAUGAAUAAAAAUUCCGUAUGGUGGGUAGCGUCCGACAUGGGAUGGGUCGUCGGGCAUUCGUACAUUUGUUAUGGUCCCCUUCUGUACGGCGCAACGAGCGUAAUGUACGAAGGAAAACCCGACAGGACACCGGACGCAGGUCAAUAUUUCAGAAUCAUCGAGCAGCACAACGUAAACGCGUUAUUCUGCGUGCCGACUGCGCUGCGAGUUAUAAAACGAGCGGAUCCGGAAAUUCUAGUGGGGAGAAAAUAUUCGUUAAAAUCCUUAAAAACGAUAUUCGUCGCCGGCGAGUUUUGCGACUACGAGACGAAGGCUUGGGCCGAGAAAACCUUUAAAGUGCCGAUUUUAAACAAUUGGUGGCAGUCGGAAACUGGACAUCCCAUUACGGCGCUGUGCCUGGGAUACGGUCAUCAUCCCAAUUUGCCAAAAUUCAGCACCGGACUUCCUAUACCCGGAUAUAACAUCCAUAUCUUGCGAGAAGAUGGAAGCAUAGCGCCGCAACGCGAACUCGGGCAAAUCGCGAUAAAGUUACCGUUGCCGCCUGGGUGUAUGUCAACCUUAUACCGGUCACCCGAGAGAUUCAAGGAAGUUUACUUCACGAGGUUUCCGGGUUACUACGACACUAUGGACGCGGGUUACAUCGACGAGUUGGGCCAUGUUUACGUGACGGCUAGAGACGACGACAUUAUAAAUGUAGCCGGUCAUAGAAUAUCCACAGCCGCGUUGGAAGAUAUUAUUCUAGCACAUGCUGACGUGGUGGAUGCCGCAGUGGUCGGCGUGCCGGAUCACACGAAGGGAGAAGUGCCGCUCUGCCUUUACGUCAAACGUCACGAUGCGACGAGCAAAGAAGAACAGAUAAAUCAGGAACUGGUGGCGCAGGUGAGACACAUGAUGGGGCCAAUCGCGUCUUUUCGAGUCGCCGCUGCGAUCACCAUGUUACCCAGAACGCGUUCCGGCAAGAUAAUCCGCAAAUCUAUCGCUUUGUUGGCACGGUCGAAACAAGUCAAGAUUCCAAGCACGAUCGAAGAUCCAACAGUAUUUCGCGAAAUUAAGGAGGUACUCCAGAAACUUGGGUAUGCGAAGCUGGCCCCGGAUCCACAAUGACACUUGGUGAAACUUGUACAGGCUCUUAAAGAUAUAUUCACGAGAAAUAUAUCCCUAGGAAUAGAGCGACGCAGUUUUCACGGAAUAACACGCAUCUGAGCUGUAAGCCUGCUCUCAUUCGGUUGUCCGGCAUGAAACCGAUAUCGAUAAUUUAUAUACUGAUUAAGAGAAUGGUUUUCAAGUGACAAAGGAGCGUUUUCUUUCAAACGCGAGACGCACUUGUCUCGCGAGAAACUUCAAUGUCUGACUUUGCUUCUUCGCAUACGUGCUUAUACUUCAUUCUAUCUUCCAACAUUUUAACGGCCACUAUAACGAAAAGCUAAAAACACGUAUAGCACAUCGACACACCCGGCUUCGACGUAUAGAUAAUGAAAAUAUAUUAUUAUUUACAUAUAGAAAUAUACAAAAAUACAAGCGAAUGUAUCACCACUUAUUCGUGCAUAUUUAUAAUCUCAUGUGCUAUACUUCAUUUAUGUUCAACUGGCUCGAAUAAUAAAUCUGAAUGUACGGAAUCCGUCAUAUUGUGAAAAUGUUGACGGUGUACAUCCGCAAUUCUAUUAAAAAUUAUUAGGGCACAUAUUUUUUUUUUGCAAAUUUGUUUUUAAUGACAAUAUAAU